AAGUCCUCAUCUUUUAAACACUCUCUCACCUAUCUCUUAUACACUCCUCUCAUCCAAACUCCCAACAAAGCCACACACAACCCAUGAAUUACAUUACAUCCUUUCUUUUCCACCAUACCCAAAUAUCAUCCCAUCUUUAGUUUAAUAUCUUCGCUCUUCUCUCUUUCUUCUCUUUGUCUCUCUCUCACUCUCUCUCUCUCUCUCUCUCUCUCUCUCUCUCUCAAAAAUGGAAAAACAUCACCCACCACAAAGCACCAACCUUUGCUCACCAACAUCUUCGCCCACAACCUUUGUCCAAGCAGACACAAACACCUUCCGAGACCUAGUACAGAAGCUGACUGGUUUAUCCGGUGACUCAGAGAAGCUCCCAGUUACCCACCCCACGAGGCACUACCCAAAGGCACCCACAAUUCCCGGUGACCCAACCGGCCCCCGCCGUUCACCUUUCAAGCUCCAAGAGCGAAGACACACCAUGAGGAAGCUCGAGAUCAAGCUCAGUCUCGCCAACCUACACGGCUCCCAGUCGCAGACCCCGCGCCAAACCUACCAGCUCCUCGACUCGCCGAUUCCGAGCCCCGUCACCCCACUCGGCUCUGACUCUCUCUUCUUCCCGAGUUCCGGUUCCGAGUCGCCUUCGUCUCCGGCUGCGGCGGCGUCGGAGGAAGAGAAGGCGAUUGCCGAGAAAGGGUUUUAUUUGCACCCUUCCCCACUCAGCACGCCGAGAGGAUCAGACCCGCCCGAGUUACUGACCCUGUUUCCGCUGAGUUCCCCCGGUCACCAUGAUCACAAGUCUCAGCAGCACUCCUAAAAUAUAACAUUACCUAUUUCCUGUUGACCUAAUUAUAAUAUAUAUAUAUAGAUUUUUCAGAUGUU